CCUCAACAAAAAAACUGUUUACACAUUUUACACUUCCCUGAAAACAAACAUCUGACAUUUCCGAUAAAUGGACUUAUCUACACAGAAUGUACUCGGCAUUUCUGUACAGACAAACAUAUUUUUGAUUAUAAGGAUCCAGCAAUAAUCUGGCAGUGGGACACCAAAUCAAACAACUGAAUUUCAGGUUUUAUUUAUGCAUGCUGCUAUGGUGAAACAAGACGGACUGGUGACUGGACACGUCAUCAGUCCUUUAAAUGGUAACACAGAGACACGUUUCUGUUAAAAUUUAAUUGACAGGUUGAUGAAUUAAAAUCCCCACCCAAAUAAAUAAUACAAGUCACCUGUUUUUGUUCAUGCAGCAAAUGCCAGGUACAGCUUGCACACUGCUGGGAUACAACAGUUUAUCGCAGCUGAAGCCUAAAUUAUGCCCUGCAUUUAGUGGUAAACAAAGAAACAACCAUUAGUGAUGCUCAAACUGGGGUCACAUAUAAGCAGAAACCAAUCAAGUUGUUACAUACGAUUACAGUCAAAUGUCAUAAACUAAUAUAACGUUUAAAGAAUUGUUUUACCUCCAUAUAGAGGAGGGUUUUAUUUCAUCCCUAUUGACCGCCAGAGGCGGUGCUUCUGAGUCCGUUCAUAUUUUUUCGGCAAUAGUUGCUGUCCGCUUUGCUUUGAUUGCUUGACUCGCCAGUGGCGUUUUCUGCUCGUACUGAGUCUAUUUACUUUCUUCGGCAGUGGUUUGCUGCUCGCUUUGAUUUGUUCCCUGUUUAUUGGCUCGCCGGUAGCGUUUCUUCUGCUUGUACUGAGUCCGUUUCAUUUUCGGCAGUGGUUUACUGCUCGCUUUUGUUUAUUCCUGUUUGUCUGACUCGCUGGUGGCAUUUUCUGCUCGUGCUGAGUCCUAAGGCUUGUUGCUGUUGUUGUCGUAACAGGGUCUUGACGGCGUUUUUUUCUGCCCGUUCGACCCCAUCUUUUGCCAUCUGUCCCUGGGUCAUGGACAAUCUUUGUUGUGCAUCCUGUUCGGCUCCUCUGCAGCCUGAGGACCAUCAUGACAUGUGUCCCCCCUGCCUUGGUGUUGACCAUCUCAGGGAGGAGCUUUCGGAUCAUGCCUGCCCUAAUUGCAGCGUUCUGCCCCGAGCGGUGCGGUUGGCCCGGCUGUCCUCGGUGGAGCAGCCUCCUGACUGGGCGGUGUCUGUCCAGCAGGAUCCGUUGCCGCUUGGACAGGCUCCAGCCUCAACAAAGCGGUCCGCUGAGGAUGUGCCUUUGGCGUCUGGGAGGAGAGCCAAGUGGCGCGAGCCCCCCGAGACUGUCCACUAGAGUGGAUCAGCUUUCGACGGAGCUGGCCCAGAUGAAGGCCAUCCUUCAGUCUCUCCAGGCGCAUGGUGGCCGCAGUGAGACUUCCCCUCCUGAACAGGGCGUGUCCUCGAAUUGCGAGGCUGAUGCUAUUUCGGGUGCGGCCUCGGGCAUCCUUUUUCGAGAGGCCUUUCCGGAGUUGGGCUCCCGGACCUCAGGUUCGGGCUCCGGUGCCUCUCAGGGAGGUGCAGGGGAACCGGUGUCUGCGGCCUUUCUUGGGGUCCACGAGCAUGGCUCCAAGACUGAGACCGGCUAGGGGACAAGGGGACCAUGGUGGGGCCCAGGGUUCACGUCCAGUUCAGUCAGCUCAAUCUGGGCGGCGUUUCCCUAGGCCCUCCGGGGGCCAGGGGGCCCGCCGGUGAUGUUUUGGAGCCGGCGGUUGGUUUUUUUUCCCCUAGGAUACCGUCUUCAGUUCCACCGCUGGCCUCCCGUCCCCAGUCGAGCCAAGAUGACGGUCAUCUGCGACCCUAUGAAGGCUCAGAUCCUGGACUGGGAGAUCUGCACCUUGCUAGCCAGGGGUGCGAUUGUUCCGGUGGACCCCUGGGGGAUACAGGGCUUUUUUAUUCAGUUUAUUUUCUGCUUCCCAAGAAGACCGGUGGUCUUCGUCCAAUAUUGGACCUCCGGGGUCUGAACGCUUUCCUCAAGGUUAUGCCUUUUCACAUGUUGACCACCAGGGAGGUCCUGCAAGCGAUCUCCCCCGGGCGACUGGUUCAUGUCAUCGACCUGAAGGACGCUUAUUUUCAUGUCCCCUUUGCUCCGGAUCAUUGGCGGUUUCUCCGCUUUGCGUUUCACAGGAGGCAAUUCCAGUUCAGGGUUCUUUCCUUUGGUCUUUCUCUCUCUCCUCAGGUGUUCACCCGGUGUGUGGCAGUGGCCCUUUCCCUCCUGCAGGCACGGGGACUGCGGAUCCUGCCUUAUUUGGACGACUGGCUCAUUUGUGCUGUGACCCGCGAUCAGGCAAUCCAAGACACUUGGACGGUACAGUCUCUGUCCCAGUGGCGGAACGGAUCCUACAUCAUGGCGGGUAUUCCGCUUGGCCCCCUUCGGUGUUGGAGGGAAGUCGUCCAUGUGGAUGCUUCCUCCAAGGGUUGGGGAGCAACCUGGCAAGACCGUGCGGCUCAGGGUGUGUGGUUCCCCUGGCAGAGCGGGGUCCAUAUCAAUGUUUUGGAGCCAAUGGCUGUGUUCCUGGCGCUCCGUGCUUUCCUUCCAGGGCUGCUGGGGAGACACGUUUUGGUUCGGUCGGACAACACCACAGUUGUCUUUCACAUAAAUCACCAAGGGGGGUUCAGAUCUCUGAGACUAUUGUCCCUGACCCGUCGGCUCCUGGGCUGGGCAGCGCCACGUCUUGCCAGCCUCAGGGCGGUCUAUAUUCCGGGUCUGCAGAACGUGUCCGCGGACUUUCUGUCUCGGCAGGUGCUGCUUCUGGGGGAGUGGCGGCUUCACGCAGAGGUGGUGGAUCACAUUUGGGCGACCUUCUGCAGAGCGGAGGUGGACCUGUUUGCCUCCAGAGAUGCGGUUUACUGUCCCCUCUGGUUCUCCCUGAUGGACAGUGCCAGUCCUCUCGGCUGCGACGCACUGGCGCACGAGUGGCCCCGGACCCUUCUCUAUGCCAUUCCCCCUGAUCCCCCAGACGCUCCUGAGGGUUCUCCAGGACGGGCACGGGCUUCUGUUGGUACCCCCGUUUUGGCUGGGGAGGCCCUGAUUUCUUCUACUGUGCAGGCUCUGCUCCGGCUCGCUGAUGCGCCUCCCCUCCAGGAGAGACCUCCUAUCCCAGAUGGGGGCCGGAUUCUCCACCCCGAUCCGGGCCGCCUGAAACUCUGGCUUUGGCCUCUACAGGUGCAGGCUCCUCCUUCUCCCAUUAUGGGGACAGGAUGGGACAGAUCAUGACUGGCACAUGGGCGCCGUCCACGCGGGCCACCUAUGGUGCUAAGUGGGCGGUCUUUGUUGACUGGUGCCGUGGUAAGGGUGCCUGGACCUGUUCGCUGUCCUGUUUCCCAUUUGCUGUCCUUCCUUCAGGAGUUGCUGGAUCUGGGGCGAUCCCCUUCCACUUUUAAGGUGUAUGUGGCAGCCAUUUCUCGUUGGCAUGUCGGGUUUGGUGGUUGCCCUGUUGGCCGGCAUGGGAAUGUUACGCUGUUCCUGAGGGGUGCCAGACGCUUGUGUCCACCCAGGCGCCCUGUGGCCCCUGCGUGGGAUUUGUCGCUGGUGCUUGCGGCCCUUCAGUCUUCCGCUUUUGAGCCCGUUACGAGGAUGGACCUCAAGUGGUUCUCCCUGAAAACCACCUUCCUGUUGGCCAUGGUUUCUGUUAAACGGGUGGGGGAAUUGCAUGCUCUGUCUGUGUCUGAACCAUGUUGUCAGUAGUACCCGGAUGGCUCCGGUGUUACGCUGUGGACUAAUGCUUUCUUUGUUCCAAAGGUGCUUGCAGUGGCUGGCAGUGUUCUACCGCUCCGGCUUUCCCGUUUUAAUCCUGGUACCCCCUUUGAGCCUCUUUGCCCUGUCCGAGCGCAUGAGGCGUAUGUCCGCUCCACGACACCCAUUUGUCAGACUGACUGUCUCUUUGUCUGUUAUGCUGGCUCUCGGAAGGCUCGGGCCCUUUCUAGACAGCGACUGGCACGUUGGAUUGUGGAGAUUAUCUCUGUGGCUUACUCCUUGCAGGAUCGGCCCCUGCCAGGCGGCGUGCGAUGUUACUCCACUGGGAGCCUGUCCACCUCAUGGCCUACCAUGACCGGGGUGCCUCUAGAGGCCAUUUGUGAGGCAGCUUCCUGGACGGCGCCAAGCACCUCUGCCAGAUUUUAGAGUGAAUGUCGCCACGCUGCAUCCCCUGUAGGGCAUACUGGAGCAACAACCUUCUGCAUCCCGCUGAGUUUUCAGACUGGGAAAUGGGUGGAAGACAUGCAGCAAAGGUCCCAAGGUCGGGAAUCGUACCCUGGACAGCUGGGUCUACCCCUCCUCUACCCCUACACCUCGCACCGCUCCAUGCCAAUAAAGUUUUGACAGAAAAUACCUACUAUUAUUUUUUGACAACAAUGCACUCAUAAACUCAUACUAAAGGGCAAGUUAUAUGAUUUUGAAUGAUUUUUUAAAAUACCGUACCUUUUUAGUUUUGACCUAAAUAUGUAAUCCUGGUACUAUUUGACAGCAAGUCAAUCAAAAAUGGACAAUAUGAAAAAAAAGAAGAGCAUAUAAAUAAGUAAAUGUGGCCCCUGUCUGUUCUAUAUUGGCACCCAUGCAGGAAGA